GUGAGGACAACUUGUGAAACUGUUUCCUCUGAUUAUCUUACAUAGAACGGGUGAUACAAAAAAUAUCUCGUGUUUCUGUAGGAAUGGGAAUUAUUUGGAAGAGGAUGCAGAGUAAGAGAGGAAGAGGCAGAGUAGGCAACAGUAACUGGUGAUGUUCUGGAAAGGGUGUGGGGCUGUGGCUUCUCUACUCACUGGGCUCAUAGCAGUUGUUGAUGUAAUUAAAGAUCUAGACACUCAGAUAGCUUUGAUUGGAUUGGAUCCCCACAACCUCAAGAAUAAGCAGAACCUAGACAAGCUUUAUGAUCUAAAAGCUAAAGCCCAACAGAUUAUGAACCAGUUUGGCCCUUCUACCUUGAUCAACCUCUCCAACUUCUCCUCAAUCAAGCCAGAACCAGCCAGCACCCCCCCGCAGAGUUCCAUGGCCAACAGCACCACUGUGGCAAAGAUGCCAGGAACACCCAGUGGAGGAGGGCGACUCAGUCCUGAAAGCAACCAGGUUUUAACCAAGAAGAAAUUGCAGGACCUGGUGCGUGAGGUGGAUCCAAAUGAGCAGCUGGAUGAAGAUGUGGAAGAAAUGCUGCUACAGAUCGCUGAUGACUUCAUUGAGAGUGUGGUGACAGCCGCCUGUCAGCUAGCGCGGCACCGCAAGUCCAACACCCUGGAAGUGAAAGAUGUCCAGUUGCACCUCGAGCGCCAGUGGAACAUGUGGAUCCCGGGCUUUGGUUCUGAAGAAAUCAGGCCCUACAAAAAAGCCUGCACUACAGAAGCUCACAAACAGAGAAUGGCACUGAUCCGCAAAACUACCAAGAAAUAGCCCCUGGGCACAGCCGGAGACACCACCAGUGCAGUUUGGGAUACCUGCGUCUCCACUGAAGCCUCUACCAUGUCACCUGUGGGAUAUUUUUGUAAUGCUUUACAGAAAAGCAUCUAUUUUUUAUUAAUGGUGCAGCAAUACCUUGACUUGAUGAGGAGACCUGCCAAAAACAUUCUACUCCCUGUUCCUCAUUUCUCCUCAGAGUGCAACAUAUCUCAAACAAAGACUUUUAUUUGUGACUUGAAAGUGGUUUAUUGUACAAGUGAUUAUCCAAGGGACAGAGCAUUUGAUCGUGUGUGGGACAGUUUAGAAGCAUCUGUAGAGGUUUUUGUUUCCUCCUUCCUGCCCCUACCUACUCCAGUACUUUGUAAUGUCAGUGUUUAUAUAAAUACUUGCAUUCGUU